UGUGCCACCCCAUCGGGUUCAAAACAUUGCCACUCCUUGGGGACCAAAUUGGACACAUCAGGAGGUGACAUCACAACAUCCUGUCCCAAAAGGGAACUGAAAGCAGCUCUCUCACCACCUGUUGACCCCACUGCAGUCUCGCUGUCCCCAGGCUGAUCCUGCCUCAUGGCACCAGUGGCGCUGGCCCUCAUCCUGGGUUGGUGUCUGGUGGCAGCCAGCAGAGCUCAGCACGUGCCCCAACCCUCUCUGUCACUGCACCCCAGGCAGGGGGUGUCCCUGGGGGACACUGUCACCCUGCGAUGCCACCUGCCCCGGAUGGCUGCCUGGGUCUGGCUGUACCAGGACAGAGGUUGGACACACAACAAGUACAAGGACAAGGAGCAGGACGUGGGUGAGUUCUCCUUCAUUAGCACAAGUCGGGAACAUGCAGGGACGUAUCGGUGCCAGUACCACGUGUCAGAGCCAUUGGGGAUAUCAGAGCAGAGUGAUCCUGUGGAGCUGGUGGUGACAGAUCACAGCUACCCCCCACCCAGCAUUUCCAUCAGCCCUAAGGAAGGGGUGGGGAUGGGGACAAAUGUCACCAUCCGCUGCUGGAACAGGGAUGAUGGGGUCACCUUCUUCCUGCACAAGGAUGGGCUUUUGUCCCCUACCCAGCAUCAGGACCUCGAUGGUGGGGGCACAGCCACUUUCAUCAUCUUUGGGGUGACCCCAGCUGAUGCUGGCACCUAUAGGUGCUCCUACCGACCCUGGGCUCACCCCUUUGUGUCCUCACCCCUUGGGGACAGUGUGACACUGCAGCUGACUCCCACACCUGCUCCCCCAGGUGCCAAUGGAGAAUCCUGUGGGAUCCUGGCUGUGGCAGUGGCAGGGGGCUGUGUCACCGCCCUCACCUUCAGCCUCGUCCUUAUCAUCUUCUUCCUCCUUGCUGCCCACAGACGUCAGACAUGGAGAACUGUGAACCCAGAGGCUGCGGGCAUCAAGCACGAAGUAGAGGCCCAGGCAGAAGACGAAGACAGCAGCACAGCCCCUCACCACCGCCACCACCAGGUUCCCACGGGAUGGCCCCUUGGCACCUGUGGGGUCAGGGUGUUUGGGUGUCACCAUCACGGAGCUGGGAUUCAGAGACAGUGCCACCCACGAGUGACACUGGGGGUAGACAAAUUGAGGUCUCAGACCUAAAAUGGGUUGCAGGUAUGCGUGUCACCUGCA